CGAACGCUCUCCUUGGGAACGGAGCUGAGCCUCGCGCGCCAGUUGCCUUUUGGGCGGCGGCAGGAGCGGUUAGGCGGGCGGAGCGCGCGGGCAGGAUGGCGACGACGUCGGCGGCGGGCACCGGGUGGCUGGGGUUGGGGCUGGCUUCCAUGCUGCUGCUUCUGGCCCUUACCGCCCCGGGGGUCGCGCUGGCCGGCUACAUCGAGGCCCUUGCUGCCAAUGCUGGCACGGGGUUUGCUGUGGCGGAGCCUCAAAUUGCCAUGUUCUGUGGAAAGCUCAAUAUGCACGUGAAUAUCCAGACUGGGAAAUGGGAGCCAGAUAUCGCUGGGACCAAGAGCUGCUUUGGAACAAAAGAAGAUGUUCUGCAGUACUGUCAGGAGGUCUAUCCAGAGCUUCAGAUUACAAAUGUGGUGGAAGCAAAUCAGCCAGUCAGCAUUGACAACUGGUGUAAAAAGGGCAGGAAGCAAUGCAAGGGUCACACUCACAUUGUUGUUCCCUUCAAGUGUCUUGUGGGCGAGUUUGUCAGCGACGUCCUCCUAGUUCCAGAGAAGUGCCGGUUCUUCCACAGGGAGCGGAUGGAUGUUUGCAAAAGUCACCAGUACUGGCACACUGUGGCAAAAGAGGCUUGCUUAACUGAGGGGAUGAUCUUGCACAGCUACGGCAUGCUACUGCCUUGCGGAGUAGACCAGUUCCACGGCACAGAAUACGUGUGUUGCCCUCAGUCCAAAAUUGUGGAUGAAUCACUUUCUAAAGAAGAGGAGGAGGAUGAAGAAGAAGAAGAGGAGGAGGAGGAUGAAAACUAUGAUAGUUACAAAAGUGAGUUCCCUACUGAGGCAGACACGGAAGAAUUCACUGCAGCUGCAGUGGAGAUGGAUGAGGAUGAAGAAGAGGAGCAGGAUGAAGACGAAGAGGAGGUGGUGGUGGACCGGGACUACUAUUACGACGGCUAUAAAGAUUAUAAUGAAGAGCCUCCCACAGAGCCAAGCGUUGAAAAAUCUCUCUCUGAGAAGGAAAUAAUGAACGAUGUGAAAACUGUCUGCUCCCAGGAGGCGAUGACCGGUCCCUGCCGGGCUGUGAUGCCUCGUUGGUACUUCGACACAUACAAGAGAAAAUGCAUUCGCUUUAUAUAUGGAGGCUGCGGCGGCAACAGGAACAAUUUUGAGUCAGAGGAGUAUUGUAUGGCGGUGUGUAAAAAAAUGCUUCCUCCUACACCUGUGCCCACCGAUGAUGUGGACGUCUAUUUUGAAAACCCAGCAGAUGACAAUGAGCAUGCCCGUUUCCUGAAAGCAAAGGAACAGCUAGAGGUUCGGCAUCACAAUCGCAUGGACCAGGUUAAGAAGGAAUGGGAAGAAGCAGAACAUCAAUCCAAGAACCUCCCAAAGGCAGAGAGGCAAACUCUCACUCAGCGAUUCCAGGCCAUGGUUAAAUCGCUAGAGAAAGAAGCUGCCAGCGAGAAGCAGCAGCUGGUGGAGACUCACUUGGCCCGCGUAGAAGCCAUGCUGGACGAACGCCGCCGGGUUGCUCUGGAAAACUACCUAGUUGCUCUGCAGAACGACCCUCCACGGCCCCACCGUAUCCUCCAAGCCCUGAAGCGUUAUGUCCGUGCCGAGAACAAAGACUGCCUGCACACAAUUCGCCAUUACCAGCACGUUUUGCAAGUUGACCCAGAAAAGGCUGCACAGAUGAAAUCGCAGGUGAUGACGCAUCUCCAUGUGAUCGAAGAAAGGAUGAAUCAAAGUCUUUCUCUUCUCUACAAGGUACCUUAUGUGGCUGAGGAAAUCCAAAGUGAGAUAGAUGAGCUGCUUCAACAGCAGCGGGAUGACAUGGACCACUUUACUUCUUCCAUCUCGGAAUCCCCAGUGGACGUCCGGGUGAGUUCCGAAGAGAGCGAGGAGUCUCCCCUCUUCGAUGGCAAGCCUUUCCGCCCAUUCCAGGUGAAAACGUUCCCAGCCUCAUCUGAAAGUGAAGAUUCUCAGCCGGAUUUGUACCAUCCAAUGAAAAAAGGGUCUGGCAUGGCUGACCUCGAGGGGCUGAUUGGAGCAGAAGAGAAAGUGAUUAACGGCAAGAACAAGCUGGACGAGAACGUGGUAAUUGACGAAACCCUUGAUGUCAAGGAAAUGAUUUUCAAUCCCGAGCGAGUCGGUGGACUAGUGGAUGAGCCGGAAAAUGACAAUUCCCUGCGUGACGACUUCAGCUUCAGCAGCAGCGCCGUCAUUGGCCUCCUGGUGAUCGCCGUUGCCAUAGCCACAGUAAUAGUCAUCAGCUUGGUGAUGCUGAGGAAGCGGCAAUAUGGAACCAUCAGCCAUGGAAUUGUAGAGGUGGAUCCGAUGCUCACCCCGGAGGAACGGCAUCUGAACAAGAUGCAGAACCACGGCUAUGAGAACCCGACAUACAAAUACUUGGAGCAGAUGCAGAUUUGAAGGAUGUUGAACCCGCAGCAGCCGUGUCCCAGCAGAGGGGCAGGGGAGGGGAGGGCCAAAACGGUCCAGAAUUUUGGAUCUACUACUGACCAACCGUUGCUUGAAGAGGACUUCAUCUUACAUUCAGAACUCCUGGAUCAUUAAGACUUAAAUUACUACUGUAGAGUUGCAAUUUCCAUUCUUUUAAAUGGGCGAGGAAAUGAUAAUAUAACAAUAUAUGAUAUAUGAAUCUUAAAUGGGUAAAUGGAUCUAUUGCAGAUAUGAGAUGUAGUUUUUUUUCUUUUUUUAAGAAACUUUAAUCUAAAGAGGAGAGAAAAAAAAUCCCAGUGCUGUUGUAUUGUCUGAUAACAAGCUCUCUAUAUACAUGAGAAAUGUUUGUUUUAUUUCUGAUAUACCACUUGUAUAUUCAAGGUCAUUUGUACCAACUUGCAUUGUAUAAAUGGGACAUGUGGCUCUUUGGUCUUUCUGACUUUUAUUUUAUUUAUAUAUACAAAAAAACCUUGCACAUAUAUAAAUAAAAUAAAUAGCAGUAUUCCUUUUUUUUAAAAAAAAUAAUUAGUUCUGUCAGAAACCGCAAAAAGGCAAAAGGCCUUUGGGAAAAUAAUAUCUUGGGAUGCAAAUCCACAACAAUAGUGGAAAGAUGACACAGAUUAUCAAAUGCCAGUGACUUUUGUGUUUCUGCUGCUAUGUGGCUUGGUUUUGAGAAAUCUAGACCCUCUAGAGGCAAGGAGGAGAAAGACUCCUGCCGCACUAUGGCCUUUCAAGUGAAAUAUUUUGGCAUGGUUUGUGCAUAUCGGGAUCGCACACCUUGCCUUCUUGCUUUCGUAGCCCAGCCCUGGCAUAGAGUUGGAAGUCUUUUAAUUUUGAGUUGGAGCCCCUUUUAGGCUUACGCCAGCCUCCUUUUUAGCACCUCGCCUCGUGUAAGCAAAACCCCCUCUUUGUGCACCUAUGCCGCCUUCCUCCAUGAUGAAUAGUUGAUCACUACAGGGUUUGGAGGCUGACAUGUCUUCCCAAGAGAGCCAGGGCAGACACCUGGGGUGUGUAACUGGAGCCAUUAAUGUACCUGGGAGUCACCAAGUGGGAUUGAGGAGCCAGAGCAUGUCGGGGGGCAGAAAGGGUUCGUGCCCAAGUUGUGGAGACGAGUAGGGAAUCUGUGGGCAUUGGAGUGUUGGGAGGGGAGGGGGUUAUUCAUUCACCUUCAUGUCUCUGUAAUGCUUGUAUAGUUGUUGUUAAUGCUCACAGCUUUUUAAAAAAAAUUCUGGAGGUUCUGGUAACCUGUGGUGUGUUCUUUUCUAUUUUCCGGUGAGUUUUCUUUCUCCUUCACACCCCCCCUCCAUGUUUCUUCCCACUAUGCACAGAUUUACUUGACCUGCAAACUCCUUAGUGCAGUCUAUGGGGAAUGUAAAAGUUGGAAACACAUCAAUAAACACUUUAACUUCCAGAUCGA